AUGAUAAGUGGUUUCAGGUCUGCACAAAUAGUGUGUGAGAGCAUUGUUCAAUUGCUUCUGAGCAACUCGAAAUACGGUGGGAUGUUUCGAUUUGUUCCUGCUGCUGUUGUUUUCAUUGCACUUGUUGCACUGGAAUCGUCGACAGCACUCAAAUGCUGGAAGUGGCACCUGCAGACCACGCCCUACAGAGUAUCCGACAUUGGGGAAGAUCUACACCCUCAAUGCAUUUUCAUACUGGAUGCUCCGUGUCUGACAAAAAUAAUCGCACACUCGUGCAUGACUACUUUCACAUUCUUCAACCUGGCGCACAAUACGUGUUAUGUGGAUGAAGCAGGAUUCGUCAAAUGUGUCUGUGACACAGACUUUUGCUCAUCAAACUGUACUUAUGUUGUGAAAUUAUGGAAGGAGUCCGAGGCAUAUCGUGAUUACAAUGAUACCAAUAAGGGUUCAUGUAUGAGGGCUUACGAAAGAGCAUGCAAACUUGGCAAGAUCAGACUCCCGGUCGCAGGAGAAAAUAUUCAAAACGACCCUAUCGAAGUUGAUGAAGGAGUAAAUGAAGUCCUGUAGCCAUUACAGUAUUCAAUUCAGCAUUUCAAUUAAAUCUACCAACUCGCUUUUCUCAAUGAAUCUGUUUAUGCA